UGAAAGUAUAAAUUCCGGGAAUUUACAUUCGCAUCGAUCGAAGACUCGAAGUGAACAUAAAUGCCGCACAUUUUAAUCGACUUCAGUAUUGUCUUGAUAAGAUGCAGAAUACACGUAUCUGUAUUAUCUUUUAAAUAUAAAUGGCUAGCGCAUAUUCCAGAGGUUUUGACUCCAGAAGAAGAGGAAGAGGUAAGAUAAGAACUGGCCAUCGUGGUGUUGGAAAUGGUGGAAUUCCCUUCCGAGAUGACAGAGAAAAUAAAUUUGAAAAGAGAAAUUCAAACAGAAAUUUCGAAUCUCAUCUGAGAUUAAAUCCAGAGCCACUGCCGACGUCACUGGGGAAUCCAAAUCAAGCUCGUAAAAAUAAAAGUUCCAGUGAACGAUCGCACAAGCCAUCUCCUCUGCAUUUUAAUAAAUUGAAGAAAAUAUUAGAAGGUGAUUCUACUGAGGCUGUUCUUCAACUUUUAAAGCAUGAAGAACAGUUAGGAAAUCUUCUUGAUGAACGACAACUUAGAGAUGGCGUCAUUGAGUUGUUGCUUGAAAUUUUAGCAAAGGUUUACGAUACUCACAUGAAAGAAAAUUUGAUGAAAAUCAUGGCAUUGUUUCCAAAUACUGUAUUUUUACGUGUGCCCCUUUCACGCUACAUAAUGACGCUUCACACUAAAAGAAAUGUGGAAAAAAAUGUCAAGAAUAUCAUACAGUUUUUCGAUGAAAUUUUGCGAAGAUUCCCUGAUAAUUACAGUGACAUUCCCAUUGAUUCCCUGGUCGUUGCAUCAAUGACGCUCACGUUAAGUUCGGAUGCAAAAGCUCUAGUGCAGGAUCUUGUUAGCUCAAGGCAGAGUAUUAUCGAAAGGAAAUCAAAGCCUCGAUCUAAGGUGAAAGAUAAUGAGGAAGAGAAACCACCAGAUGAUUUUCGUAGGAUUCCUGUUUAUCCUACUGCUCGAGAUUUUGAUAAAAAUAAAACCGUUUUCCUUCGAAAAAAUAUAAUAGAUGGCACAUAUGAAAACGUGGCUCACUAUCUUGACGUACAGUUCCGAUUGCUAAGAGAGGAUUUUAUCGGACCACUUCGCGAAGGUGUCGACGAAAUUGCACUAGGUGUUCAUAGAAAUGAGCGAAAUCAGAAUCUGCGGGUAUACAGGAAUGUAGAAGUUGUCGAUACAGUUUGUACUGUCUCUGGAAUUGUGCACCUUAUCCGCUUUGAUGUUCGCCGAUUCCAAAGAGUGAAGUGGGAGAACUCAAAGCGAUUAAUCUUUGGAACAUUUCUUUGUCUUUCAAGCGAUAAAUUUAAAACACUCGUUUUUGCGACGGUAAGCGAACGAAAAACAGAGCAACUAAAACAUGGUUUUGUGCAAGUCCGUUUUCUUGGUGAUUUACCUGAUGUUAAAUCUGGUGAAAUUUAUGAAAUGGUUGAAUCACCUGGUUAUUACGAGGCCUAUUGCCAUAACCUCGAAGGACUACAGGAAAUCUCUGACGAAAAAAUGCCUUUUGGUCGUUAUCUUGUCCAAUGCAAAACAAUUGUUAAUCCACCAAAAUACCUUACUGUCCAUGAAAUGGAACCACCAAUUCACCCUGAUUUUGAAGUAGCAGAUAAUGACGUGUUGCCAAUUAGCCCAAGAUAUAAUCUUCAAGGCGUUUUACGUUCAAGGGAUGCACGAUCAGUGCAAAUUUUGGUACCCGAAAGUUGGCCAAGAGCUGGCAGUGUUUCUUUGAACCGAUCGCAACUGAUUGCAAUUCAAGCUGCUCUAACUGAAGAGUUUGUAGUCAUUCAAGGUCCACCAGGCACUGGAAAGACGUAUGUUGGUCUCAAGAUCGUGCAAGCUUUGUUAAAAAAUAAGGAUUACUGGCGUAGGAACCAAAUGAGCGCCGGACCAAUGCUUGUUGUUUGUUAUACAAACCACGCCUUAGAUCAGUUUCUUGAAGGUAUUCUUCAAUUUAACCAAAACGAUGUUGUUCGUGUCGGUGGUAGAAGCGACAGUGACUUGUUAAAACCUUUUAACUUGUCCAAUAAAGCUAGACGAACUGCUGCUUGGUAUUUAGCCAGCGACCAGCUUGAUAUGACUGCACGUAGUAUCAAAGAAAGAAAAUACUGUAUUCAGAAAGCUAACGAGAGAAAACUUAAGUUUGAAGACUUGAUUACAGUCAUUGGUGAACGCGAAGCUAACCAAUUAUUGCCUUAUGUGUAUUUCGCAGAAUUUCAUGGAACUACCGUUCUUGAUGCCUGGCUUAAUAUGCAACACUUGCCAUUCUAUGCUAGUAACUCUCAGAACAUGAACGAGGAAAUUUUUGAAAAUUACGUCUUCAAUAAAAGAGAAAAUGAUUUGACUGACGACGACGACGAUGAAGAUAGUAAUGAAGAGGAGGAGGAUGAGGAUACUGAUGAAAUAGUUACUGUAAAUGUGGAAAAAGAUGCAGAAAGAUUGCAGAAUGAACGCAUCCUUAAUGAUGAAUUCGCUCCCGUGCAACAGUACGAGGAUGACAUAAAAAUGCAUAUGACUCAAGAUCAACUUAACCUCGUUAAUGUUCAAGCAAGAUUUAAUGCAUUUGAAGAGAAACAAGGAAACGGCCAUUGGCAAGAGACGAGAGAUCUCAGUCUAUGGGAAUUAGAUUUAAACACACGUCAUCAAUACUACCAACAUUGGUGCAAUCUUUACCAUGAAAUGCAUAACAGGAAAUUAGAAGAGCUUUAUCAAGAGUAUGAAACUGAGUGCAGAAAAUUCAAAGAAAUUAAACAUGGACAAGAAGAAGAUACGUUACGGAAAGCCACUGUAAUUGGAAUGACUACAACUGGAGCAGCUAAGUAUAGAAACGUUUUGCAAAUGAUCAGACCCAGAAUUAUAAUUGUAGAAGAAGCUGCCGAGGUUUUAGAAGCCCAUAUUGUUACUGCUUUGUCAGAAGGAGCGGAACAUUUGAUUUUGAUUGGAGAUCACAAACAACUGAAACCUAAUCCGUGUGUCUUUACGCUUGCUAAGCAGUACAAUCUUGAAGUAUCUUUGUUUGAGCGUAUGGUGAGAAACGGAAUGAAAUGUCAUACACUAGACACACAACACCGCAUGCGUCCCGAGAUCGCUCGUUUAAUGAAAUUCAUUUAUCAGGAUCUAAAAAAUCAUUCAAGUGUGGAACGGUUUGACGAUGUCAUGGGAAUUUCCAAGAAUAUCUUCUUUAUUAAUCACCAAGAAGCGGAACAGUCAGAUGACGAACUUAAAAGUCACUCAAACGAUCAUGAGGCAAAUUUCAUCGUUGCUUUAUGUCAGUAUUUGCUACAACAGGGUUACAGUCCAUCAACUAUUACUGUUCUUACAACUUAUACUGGGCAAUUGCUGCAUCUCAAACGUCUUAUGCCCAAAACAAAAUUUGAGGGUGUUCGUUUGUGUACUGUCGAUAACUUUCAAGGGGAAGAAAAUGAUAUAAUUUUGUUGUCCCUUGUCCGUAGCAAUGAAGAAAAGAAAAUUGGAUUCCUUGGUAUUUCCAACCGCAUUUGUGUCGCCCUAUCUCGUGCACGCAAAGGAUUCUAUUGUAUUGGAAACAUCUCAAUGUUAGCUGAAAAGAGCAAUUUAUGGCACGAAAUUAUGAAAGAUCUCGAAGUCCAGAGAGCCAUUGGAGCAGCUUUGCCAGUUUACUGUCAAAAUCAUAAAAAUACAAAAUUUGGAAUGAGGAGCGCUCAAGAUUUUAAGAAGGUACCUCAAGGUGGGUGUACUCUUCCCUGUGAUUACCGCCUUGACUGUGGGCACAAGUGUGAGAUGGUGUGUCAUCCAGCUGAUCGCGAACAUAAAGAGUAUGAUUGUAAAAAAUUGUGCAAAAAGGAGGUGUGUCCUGAACAUCAGUGCCGUCGAAAAUGUCAUCAUGGAGAGCCCUGUGGUCCUUGCAGAGAGAUAGUUACUAAAAAACUCCCGAAAUGUGGGCAUGAAGUAAAAAUGCAAUGCGGUCAAGAUCCUUCUUUAUUCAACUGCCCCAAACCGUGUGAAAGAAUCUUGGAAUGUGGUCAUUCAUGUCGAGCUACUUGUGGCGAAAUAUGCUCAAAAAAGAAAUGCAAAGAAAUUGUUGACAGAACUUUAUUUUGUGGGCAUACAAAAUCAUUUGAAUGCUGGCUUCCUAUUGAAGAAUGUAAAUGCGAUGAACCUUGUGACACUUUGUUGGAGUGUGGGCACAAGUGUCAAGGUAAUUGCCAUGAUUGUAAGCAGGGUCGUAUUCACAUUGUCUGUAAGCAUCCAUGUGGUCGUACGCUGAUUUGUUCUCAUCCAUGUGACGAACCAUGUACAAAUGAUUGUCCACCUUGUCAACGGAAAUGCGAAAAUCGUUGUGUUCAUAGCGCAUGUGGAAAGAAAUGUGGAGAACCGUGUGCACCAUGUCAAGAACCAUGCACGUGGCAAUGUAAGCAUAAAAAGUGUACUAAAAAAUGUUCGGAGAUUUGUGAUCGCAUGCCAUGUAAUGUAAAAUGUCGUAAAAAGUUGCCAUGCAAUCACAGAUGCGUUGGAUUAUGUGGUGAAAAAUGCCCACGGCUAUGUCGCAUUUGUGACAAAGACGAGCUUCGAGAAAUUUUCUUUGGCACUGAAGACAGGCAUGGUGCAAGAUUUAUUGAGCUUUUGGACUGUCACCACGUUUUUGAGGUCACUGCUCUUGAUCAAUGGAUGUCCCUUGCCGAAGAAGAGGGCUCUAGAAUACAACUCAAGGCUUGCCCCAAGUGUAAAACUCCAAUAAGAAAGAGCUUUCGUUAUGGAAAUCUUAUUAAAAAGGUUUUGCAAGAUAUUGAAACUAUCAAAAGUAAAGUCAGAGAGAAUGGUGCCAACAUAGAUCAAAGAAAGAAAGAGUUGAAAGCACAACUGUCAGAAAUCAGUUCUAAAUAUCCCGACCCUUUACAUCCAUUAGAUCAAGACCGCAACCGUCGAAGUAGGAGACCAAUUAUUCCAUUUAGAAGAGACUUGGUCGAUGCAACAUCUUCAGUUUUCUUUGAAAUUGAGACUGAAAUAAACAAUGUCGACAGCAAUCAGAAAUUGGACUUGAUCUCUUAUAAAAUACAGCUUCUUCGACCUAUUUAUGAAAUCAAAGCAAAGUUCAUAUCGCGCUUACAGGAAAAGAUACCUCUUCAGUCGCAGAUUAUGGAACUAGAAACAUUGGUGUUAAAGUGCGAUAAAUUAACGUCGCAGCUGAUCGCAGAUGUACAACAAGAAAUCCAGCGAACAGCGUUGGCGUGUAAGUUGAAAGUACUCCAAGAGGAUAUAAAGAAGUAUAACAAGACAGUGUCUUAUGAACAACAAUUAAAGCUUGAUGCAAUCUCGUCAUUAUUCCGCUCCCCCCGUAAAAUUAAUAAUGAUGUCAGAGAAUCAGCUAUUCGUGAUCUCGAUCAAAUUAGUCAGGAUCUCCAACUUGGUGCAAUUACCGCUGAAGAAAAAGCCGAAAUUGUUAAAGCGAUGGGCUUAACAAAAGGCCACUGGUUCAAGUGUCCCAAUGGUCAUAUAUAUGCUAUUGGAGAUUGUGGUGGCGCAAUGGAAAGAGGUAAAUGUCCUGAAUGUCAUGCAGUAAUAGGUGGUGAAAAUCACACAUUAGAAGCUGAUAACCAAUUGGCUUCUGAAAUGGAUGGCGCUAGGCAUCCUGCUUGGUCUAAUCAAGUUAAUCUCGUUAAUUAUGAUCCUGAAGAACUCAGGGCUCUACAAUUUUUCUAAGAAAUCAUAAAGGACUGCGUGGGCAGGAAAUAUAGCAUUAACAAUCAAAUGACAGAACUUAUUAAAGUAUCAAUAUUUGGUCCCACUCUAACUACAUGACACAAAGAAUACUCAUAGAUCAUGAUUGGAAUUUUCAUACGUUUUCCAAUAUUUUCUUCUAACGGUACAUUUUACAACUGCUAAUACAAACAAUAAGUUUCCAAGCUACUUGCCAUAAAACCAUUGUGAACAUGUCUUAUCAACUGUUACAAGUCUCCAUGCAUGUUGUUACCGGAAGCACUAAAGCCUACGCUGGAAUGACCUAUGUAUUGUGCAAAAAAGAAGAAUAGUUUAUGUUUAGUACUGGUCAAGAAGUGAUUUAAUCAUCUCUUUUAGUUGAGGGUUGAAAGUAGUACAUAAUGUUAGGUUUAAUCAGGUUUAAUUUUCUGAUUUGAACUUUUAAAAUCGUCAAUAGCAUAUUUUCACAUUAUUUCGGGAUGAUUGUGAGAAGUUCCUGUUUUUGUAUUUUACUUUUUGAUGUUUUUUCCGCAUAAGUUAUAUAUAGAUAAAAAAGAGUUAUAUGAACUGUCUAAAUCAUGUAUUGUUUUGUUUUACUACAGUAUUUUGGUUUUGUGAUAAUAUAUAAAAGAGAAAAUGCA